AUGACAAAAGGCUCCUGCAUGUGCUCCGCCAUUGAGUACGAAUACACCGGCGAACCCAUGGUGACAGCCCUCUGCCACUGCACCGACUGCCAGAAAUGGUCCGGUGGCGCCUACACCUCCAACGUCGUCGUCCCGCGCAAAGACUUCAAAGUCAUCAAAGGCAGCCCCAAAAGCUACAAGAUCAAAGGCGAUUCCGGCAAGAUCAAUGACCAUUGGUUCUGCGGCGAUUGCGGAAGCAGUCUCUACACGGAACUCGAAGUCAUGCCCGACGCCGUGUGCAUCAAGGCGGGCGGCAUCGACGACAAGGCGGUGCGGGAUUUCAAAACGACCGCGGUGGAGUUUUACUGCAAGGAUCGGAUGGCGUAUUCGAAGGCGGUCGAGGGGGCGGAGCAGAAGCCUGUGUUUGGGUAG